UUGAGCAUUGCUUAUUUUGGUACUGGAGAUUUUGCUGUUAAUCCAUUGAAGUCGUUGUUGGAUCUUAAAAAUUCGAAUCCAAACUUGAUCUCAAAUCUUGUUCUUUUCACUAAAUCAGAUAAACCGAUUGGUAGAAAUCGCCAUAAAACAAACAUAAAAUCAGUCAACAAUGCUCAAAUUUUGGCUUUGGAAAACAAUCUUCCAAUUCAUUAUGUUGAUGCCAAAAAUGAUUUCGAUCAUGUACUAAACUACACCAGUUUCAAUAUGGCAAUUGCUUGCUCUUUUGGUUUGCUAAUUCCUUCAGAUUUCAUCAGGUCUUUGAAAUUUGGUGGUUUAAAUAUUCAUCCCUCAUUACUACCAAAACACUCUGGCUCCUCGCCUUUACAAUACACUCUCUUAAACAACGAUAGCGUUACAGGUGUGACUGUUCAGACUUUACAUCCAACAAAAUUCGACCAUGGUCAAAUAGUUUAUCAAUCAGACGAAUACCCACAGAUCUAUAACUCAAUUACUGAUUUGUCAGAUUUUUUAUCAAAAUCUGGCUCAGAUUUACUAAUUCAUGUUCUUAAAAAUCAUCUUUAUUUAUCUUCAGAUCGUUAUAUAAAACCUCUUAAAUCUUAUAAAAAAAACUUUACCAAAAAAGUC